AUGCGUUCACUUCCCAAGGCUUACACCAUCAACGAGGUGUCGAUACAGGACACCAUGGAUCUCCUGGAGUGCUUGGGUCAGAUCCGCUCCCUGCUUAUUGUGCAGAUGGGUCCAGAGGAGGAGAGGCUCAUAAUUCAAAGCAUUGGCUACCCUUUUGCAGAACAGCGCAUUGGCCUUGGAAUGCGCGGCUCUACCCCGCUGGAUGUGGCUGCGGCAUCUUGCAUCGACAAUAACGAACUGGCACUGGCUCUCCAGGAGCAGGAUUUAGAAAUGGUGGUGAAAUACUUGGCUGGGUGUGGGCUUCAGAGCUGCCCCAUGCUGCUGGCUAAAGGCUACCCCGACAUCGGUUGGAAUCCCUGUGGUGGAGAGAAAUACCUUGACUUUCUUCGUUUUGCUGUUUUUGUCAAUGGAGAAAGCGUGGAAGAGAAUGCCAACGUUGUUGUGCGUCUUCUCAUUCGAAGACCCGAGUGCUUCGGUCCGGCUUUGAGAGGCGAGGGUGGUAAUGGUCUGCUGGCUGCUGUGGAGGAAGCCAUCAAAAUAUCAGAGGACCCUGCAAGAGAUGGUCCCAGCAUUAAAAAAGACAGACGUUUUCCCAUGUUUGGAGGAGAAGAGCAGCAGGAGGAGAAUCGAGUGCACCUCGGAAAUGCCAUCAUGUCCUUCUAUUCUGCUCUCAUUGACCUACUGGGACGAUGUGCUCCAGAGAUGCAUUUGAUUCAAGCUGGAAAGGGUGAAGCUCUUCGGAUCAGGGCAAUUCUGAGGUCCUUGGUUCCUAUUGAGGAUCUUGUAGGAGUGAUCAGUCUUCCUGUUCAGAUUCCUGCUUUGGGGAAAGACAAUAGCAUCAUAGAGCCAAAGAUGUCCGCUAGUUUUGUGCCAGACCACAAGGCCCCCAUGGUGUUAUUCCUGGAUAGAGUUUAUGGUAUUGACAACCAGGAUUUCCUGCUGCAUGUCCUGGAGGUGGGCUUCUUACCUGACAUGAGGGCUGCCGCCUCUCUGGACACAGCCGCUUUCAGCACAACAGAGAUGGCUCUCGCUUUGAACCGCUAUCUGUGUACUGCCGUGCUGCCACUCAUCACCAAGUGUGCCCCACUGUUUGCCGGCAGUGACCACCGAGCCAUAAUGAUAGACUCCAUGUUGCACACGAUCUACAGACUGUCUCGAGGACGAGCCUUUACAAAGGCACAGAGAGACAUCAUAGAGGAGUGCCUCAUGGCUUUGUGCAAAAAUUUGCGCCCGGCCAUGCUUCAGCACCUGCUGAGACGCCUGGUGUUUGAUGUGCCCAUUCUAAAUGAGUAUGCCAAACGACCACUGAAGCUACUGACCAGCCACUAUGAGCGUUGUUGGAAAUAUUACUGCCUCCCAAAUGGCUGGGCUAAUUUUGGAGUUGCUUCAGAGGAAGAGCUGCAUUUGACUCGCACUUUCUGGGGUAUUUUUGAAUCAUUGGCACACAAGAAAUUUGAUGCUGAAAUUUUCAAGAUCUCAAUGCCCUGCCUCUGUGCCAUUGCUGGAGCCAUUCCUCCAGAUUAUGUGGAUGCCAGCUACUCCUCCAAAACAGAGAAAAAGGCAUCGGUAGAUGCAGAGGGAAACUUUGAUCCCAAACCAGUUGAGACCACAAACACCAUUAUCCCUGAAAGACUGGAUCCCUUUAUCAACAGAUAUGCUGAAUACACCCAUGAUAAAUGGGCUUUUGAAAAGAUUCAAAAUAACUGGUCAUAUGGAGAGGUGUUGGAUGAGAAUGCAAAGACCCAUCCCAUGCUCAGACCAUACAAAACAUUCUCAGAGAAGGACAAAGAGAUCUACCGCUGGCCGAUCAAAGAGUCGAUAAAAGCCAUGCUGGCAUGGGAAUGGAACAUAGAAAAAGCUAGAGAGGAAGAGGAGUCAGAGAAGAAGAAGGCAGCUUCUAGAAAAAUUUCCCAGACUGCCCAGGCAACUUAUGACCCGAGCCAUGGCUACAGUCCACAGCCUAUUGACAUCUCACACAUGGCUCUUUCAAGAGAUCUGCAGUCGAUGGCAGAGCAACUGGCUGAAAAUUAUCACAACACCUGGGGACGAAAGAAAAAGUUAGAGCUCCAAGGAAAAGGAGGUGGGACACAUCCUCUGCUGGUGCCUUAUGACACUCUGACAGCGAAGGAAAAGGCCAGAGACCGAGAGAAGGCUUACGAGUUGCUCAAGUUCCUGCAACUUAAUGGAUAUGCUGUCACGAGGGGCAUGAAAGACAUGGAGUCUGAGAUAUCGUCUAUUGAAAAGAGAUUUGCUUAUGGAUUCCUGCAGAAGCUGUUGAAAUGGAUGGAAAUAGCCCAGGAGUUCAUUGCUCAUCUCGAGGCUGUGGUGAGCAGUGGACGAGUAGAAAAGUCUCCUCAUGAGCAAGAAAUCAAAUUCUUUGCUAAGAUAUUGAUGCCUUUAAUCAACCAGUACUUCAAAAAUCACUGCCUUUACUUCUUAUCAACACCUGCAAAAGUCCUGGGCAGUGGCGGCCAUUCUUCUAAUAAGGAGAAGGAGAUGAUUGCGAGUAUCUUCUGUAAAAUGGCUGCUUUGGUGAGGCACAGAGUUUCUCUCUUUGGAACGGAUGCUUCUGCAAUAGUUAACUGUCUUCACAUAUUGGCCCGGUCGUUGGAUGCAAGGACUGUGAUGAAAUCAGGUCCUGAGAUUGUGAAAGCAGGCUUGCGGUCAUUCUUCGAGAGUGCGGCCGACGAUGUGGAGAAGAUGGUGGAGAACCUCAAACUGGGCAAAGUGUCCAAAGGCAAUCAGCAAGUGAAAGGUGUUUCCCAGAAUAUCAACUACACAACCAUUGCCCUGCUGCCUGUGCUUACCUCCCUGUUUGAUCACGUCGCUCAGCAUCUCUUCGGAGAUGAUGUCAUGCUGGAUGAUCUGCAGAUUUCUUGUUAUAGAAUCAUGUGUAGCAUCUACUCAGUUGGGACGGUCAAGAACCCACAUGUUGAGAGGCAAAGACCAGCUCUUGGGGAAUGUCUGGCUCAUCUUGCUGCUGCAAUGCCAGUGGCCUACUUAGAGCCUCAUCUAAAUGAAUUCAAUGCUUUUUCUGUGUACACCACAAAGACACCAAGGGAGAGAUCUAUCCUGGGUCUUCCCAAUGCGGUUCAGGAGUUAUGUCCUGACAUCCCACCGCUGGACCUUCUGCUAAAGGAGAUUGGAGACUUGGCAGAGUCGGGGGCCCGCUAUACUGAGAUGCCUCACGUCAUUGAAAUCACUCUGCCCAUGCUGUGCAACUACCUGCCACGGUGGUGGGAGAGAGGACCUGAAAACUUUCCUGAGGUGGAGGGUCAACUCUGCACCGAGGUCACUUCAGAACACCUGAAUCAACUUCUGGGAAGCAUCAUGAAAAUUGUAGUCAACAAUCUGGGUAUUGAUGAAGCCUCCUGGAUGAAGAGAUUAGCUGUGUUUUCGCAGCCCAUUGUGAGCAGAGCAAAGCCAGAGAUGCUGAAGUCCCACUUCAUUCCAACAAUGGAAAAGUUGAAGAAACGGACGUCAAAGGUGGUGGCUGAAGAGGAUCAUUUGCGGAUGGAGGGGAAAUCAGAGGGGGAUGAGGAAGAUGGGACAAUACGCGAUGAAUUUGCUGUGCUCUGUAGAGACUUGUAUGCCCUCUAUCCUCUACUUAUUCGCUAUGUGGACAACAACAGAGCGAGGUGGUUGACCUGCCCUGAUCCAGAUGCAGAAGAACUUUUCCGAAUGGUUGGAGAAGUCUUUAUUUUCUGGUCCAAAUCCCAUAACUUCAAGCGAGAAGAACAGAACUUUGUUGUGAUGAAUGAGAUCAAUAACAUGUCAUUCCUCACUGCUGACAGCAAAAGCAAAAUGAGCAAGGGCGGUGACACAGAGGGUGGAGGCUCAGACACUGAGCGCACCAAGAAGAAGAAACGUGGAGAUCGCUACUCUGUUCAGACGUCACUUAUUGUUGCUGCCUUGAAGAAGAUGCUGCCCAUCGGUCUCAACAUGUGCUCUCCUGCUGAUCAGGAGCUCAUCAACUUGGCCAAAAUCCGCUACUCUUUAAGAGACACAGAUGAAGAAGUAAGAGAGUUCCUGCAGAACAACCUCCAUCUUCAGGGCAAGGUGGACAACCCCUCCAUGCGCUGGCAGAUGGCCCUUUACAAAGAGAUGGCAGGAAAGGCUGAAGAUGCUGAUGCUCCAGUGAAAGUUGUCAAGCGAGUACAGGAGGUGUCUGCUGUCCUCUACCAUCUUGAAGUGACGGAGCAUCCUUUUAAAUCCAAGAAGAUGGUGUGGCACAAAUUGCUGUCUAAGCAGAGACGCAGAGCCGUGGUGGCCUGCUUCAGAAUGACACCACUUUACAACAUUGCAAGGCACAGAGCUUCAAACAUGUUCCUUGAGGGAUACAAGCGCAACUGGAUUCAAACUGAGGGUUGCUCAUUUGAGGACAGGAUGAUAGAUGAUUUAUCUAAAGCGAUGGAGCAGGAAGAAGCAGAGGAAGAAGAAGAGAGGGAAACCAAGCCAGAUCCCCUUCACCAGCUUAUUCUUCACUUCAGUCGAACAGCGCUGACAGAAAAGAGCAAACUCGAUACAGAUCAUCUGUAUAUGGCAUAUGCAGACAUUAUGGCAAAGAGUUGCCAUAUUGGUGAAGAAGAAGAAAUGGCAGAGGAAUUGAUGGAACAAUCUGAAGAUGAGAUGUCCUUUGAGGUGCGACAGUCAGAACUGGAAAAAGAAAUGGAGAAGCAAAGGCUUCUUUACCAACAGUCCAGACUUCAUAACCGUGGCGCUGCAGAAAUGGUCCUGCAAAUGAUAAGUGCCUGCAAAGGUGAAACUGGCCCAAUGGUAUCUACAACCUUCAAGCUGGGCAUUUCUAUCCUUAAUGGCGGAAACAGCGAGGUUCAGCGGAAAAUGUUGGAGUACCUGAAAGACAAAAAGGACGUGGGCUUCUUUUUGAGUGUCCAAGCUCUAAUGCAGACUUGCUGCGUACUGGAUUUAAAUGCCUUUGAGAGGCAAAACAAGGCAGAGGGGCUUGGCAUGGUUUCAGAGGAAGGAACAAACUUGAACCUAGAUCGGGAUGAGAAAGUCAUGGCGGACGAUGAGUUCACUUGUGACCUGUUCCGUUUCCUGCAGCUCCUCUGUGAAGGUCACAAUAAUGAUUUUCAAAACUACUUGCGGACACAGACAGGAAGCACAACCAGCAUCAACGUCAUCAUCUGCACUGUGGAUUACCUCCUUCGACUCCAGGAAUCUAUCAGUGAUUUCUACUGGUAUUAUUCUGGGAAGGAUAUCAUCGAUGAUCCAGGCAAAAAGAAUUUCUCCAAAGCUAUGACAGUGGCAAAACAGAUUUUUAACAGUUUAACAGAAUAUAUUCAGGGCCCGUGUACAGGCAACCAGCAGUCCUUAGCUCACAGCAGACUGUGGGAUGCUAUUGUCGGAUUCCUUCAUGUGUUUGCCCACAUGAUGAUGAAGUUGGCACAGGACUCCAGUCAGAUUGCUCUGCUGAAGGAGCUUCUUGACCUUCAAAAAGACAUGGUUGUUAUGCUGCUCUCACUAUUAGAGGGAAACAUAGUUAAUGGUACAAUUGCGCGGCAAAUGGUCGACAUGUUGGUGGAGUCCUCCAGCAACGUUGAGAUGAUUCUCAAGUUCUUUGACAUGUUUCUCAAACUGAAGGACAUUGUUGCCUCUGAUGCUUUCCGUGACUAUGUCUCUGACCCUCGAGGGCUGAUCUCUAAGAAGGACUUUCAGAAGGCUAUGGACAGUCAGAAACAGUACUCCCCCUCUGAGAUCCAGUUUCUUUUGUCCUGCUCAGAAGCAGAUGAGAACGACAUGAUCAAUUACGAGGAGUUUUCCAAUCGUUUUCAAGAGCCAGCCAAGGACAUCGGGUUCAACAUCGCAGUGCUGCUCACCAACCUUUCUGAGCAUGUGCCGCACGACUGCCGGCUGCAGAAUUUCCUGGCGCAAGCAGAGAGUGUGCUCAACUAUUUCCGCCCAUUCCUUGGCCGUAUUGAGAUAAUGGGCGCUAGCAGAAAGAUUGAGCGCAUCUACUUUGAAAUCAGCGAAGUCAACCGCAGACAGUGGGAAAUGCCACAAGUGCGAGAGUCCAAACGGCAGUUUAUAUUUGAUGUCGUCAACGAGGGCGGUGAAUCUGAGAAAAUGGAGAUGUUCGUCAACUUCUGUGAGGAUACCAUCUUUGAGAUGAAUAUCGCUUCACAGAUUUCAGAGCAGGAAGAAGAGGAGAAGGGAGAAGAGGAUGAUGAGGGAGAUGAAGGAGGGGGAGAGGGGGCAGCAGGUGGAGGCGGGGAUGAAGAUGGCAAUGGCGACGAAGGACGACCCGAAUCAACCUCAGCAUUUACAGACUUCCUCCACAGCAUGUCGAGCUUCCUCAGCAUCUUCACCUUCCGUAACCUCCGCAGACAGUAUCGCAGAAUCAGAAAGAUGACCUUUAAGGAGAUCGUGGUGGCUUUGUCCAAGUUCGUCUGGGCUAUCUUGAUGAGCAUACUGACCUUCAUUUACAAUGUGUGCAAAGGCUUCUUCAUGAUCAUCUGGCAAGCGCUGUUUGGAGGUGGAUUGGUGGAGGGAGCUAAAAACAUAACAGUCACUGAGAUUUUAGCAAGUAUGCCAGAUCCCACUCAAGACGACGUGCACGGAGAUGGACCAGGAGAGCUGGGGACAGGGGAAGAACAAGAAGCUGGGGGGAUAACAGACACUGGUGAAUCGGGGAGUGGUGAAGAGGAAGAGGAGGACACGCAGGAAAAUGAAGGAGGAAGGAUUCCGGGUAUGGAUGCUCCAGGUGGACUUGGAGAUAUGGGUGUUGAGGAACCAGUUGAGCCUCCGACUCCUGAAGGGUCUCCCAUUACAAAGAGAAAAAUGCCAGGAGAAGAGUCUGAUGCAAGCCAAAAACCACCUGAGCCUGCUCCUGUGGAAGAAACCCCUCCAGAACCAGAAAAGUCAGAUGUUGAAACUGGUGAAAAAUCUGAGAAAGUAGCCAAGAGCAAAGAAGAAGAAAAGCCACAAGAACCAAAGAAAUCCGCAGCCAAGAAAGAGAAAAAGCAGAAGAAGCACCAGGGUUUUCAAAUCUGGACUGAGCUGGAAACUCAGAGAAAUAAAUUCAUGAACUACCUCUCCAGGAACUUCUACAAUCUGCGAUUUUUGGCUUUGUUCCUUGCAUUUGCCCUGAACUUCAUUCUUCUUUUCUACCGGGUCUCUGAUACUCCACCUGAAGGGGGUGAGAUGGAGGGAUCCGGACUGUCGGAGGGAAGCGGGUUGUUUGAGGGUUCUGGCUUGUUUGAGGGCUGUGGGGAUGAAGCUGAAGGAUCUGGAGCAGAUGGAGGAGGAGAAGACGAGGAAGAAGAUGUUCUACUUUAUUUCUAUUUAGAGGAGAGCACUGGAUACAUGCAGCCCACACUAUCAUUCCUAGCCAUUCUCCAUACAGUCAUUUCAUUUAUUUGUAUCAUUGGGUACAACUGUCUGAAGAUCCCGCUGGUGAUCUUUAAAAGAGAAAAGGAACUUGCAAGAAAGCUGGAGUUCGAUGGCCUCUACAUCACUGAGCAGCCUGAGGAUGACGACAUCAAGGGCCAAUGGGAUCGUCUAGUCCUGAACACACCCUCUUUCCCAAACAACUACUGGGAUAAAUUUGUCAAACGAAAAGUCCUGGAUAAGUAUGGAGAUAUUUAUGGGAGAGAAAGAAUCGCUGAGCUACUGGGCGUUGAUUUAGCCUCCUUGGAUGUCAGUCAGCAACAUGAGAAGAAACAAGAGGAGCCAGACAACUCUGUGUUUGCAUGGGUGACUUCCAUUGAUAUCAAGUACCAGAUCUGGAAAUUUGGAGUUGUGUUCACGGACGGGACCUUCCUUUAUCUUUGUUGGUACCUGGUGAUGUCCCUGCUUGGUCAUUACAACAACUUCUUCUUUGCCUGCCAUUUGCUGGACAUUGCAAUGGGUGUCAAAACUCUACGCACUAUCCUGUCAUCAGUUACACACAACGGCAAACAGCUCAUGAUGACAGUGGGCUUACUGGCUGUGGUGGUGUAUCUUUACACUGUGGUUGCUUUCAAUUUCUUCCGCAAGUUUUACAACAAGAGCGAGGAUGAAGACGAGCCCGACAUGAAAUGCGAUGACAUGAUGACUUGUUACCUGUUCCAUAUGUACGUGGGCGUGCGUGCUGGUGGAGGAAUUGGAGACGAGAUAGAAGAUCCCGCAGGAGACGAAUAUGAGCUUUAUCGAGUGGUCUUUGAUAUAACCUUCUUCUUCUUCGUCAUUGUCAUUCUGCUGGCCAUUAUUCAGGGUCUGAUUAUUGAUGCCUUUGGAGAACUCCGAGACCAACAGGAGCAGGUUAAGGAGGACAUGGAGACAAAAUGCUUCAUAUGUGGCAUUGGAAGUGACUACUUUGAUACAACCCCACAUGGCUUUGAGACCCACACCUUUGACGAACAUAACUUGGCCAACUACAUGUUCUUCUUGAUGUAUCUCAUUAACAAAGAUGAGACAGAACACACUGGGCAGGAGUCAUACGUGUGGAAGAUGUACCAGGAACGAUGCUGGGACUUCUUUCCUGCUGGAGACUGUUUCAGAAAGCAAUAUGAAGAUCAGCUUUCCUAAUUGACAAAUAAACAAAAAGUACUUUUGGAAGGAAGGGAAGGUCAUGCCUGAAUUACACAUCUAAUCAGCCUAGCAGCACGCUCACCUGUGUAACACACUUUUUCUAAUGUUCUAGACCCAAACUUCCCUCCCUGUCGUCUGUUCAUCCCUACGAAUCAUCUCUCCUGACCCAUCCUCCUCAUUCCUGUUUUAGGACCACUCAUGUCCAUCCAGUGUGGUUUAUAUCUAGAAGGGAUUUUAAUAGUUGCCAGUAUGUGAGAUUAAGUAAGCACACAAUGCACAUGUACUGUAUGUAAGAACAUUAAAAACUUUAGAUGUAGCCGUAAUUUUUACAUUCAUUACCAGUUUUUCCAAAUAUCCAUUUUUACCGUGUGAUUUCUUAAUUUAUUUAUUUCCAGUUUGGUCAUUUUGAAAUGUUGGAGUUUUAUUCUUUAUAUAACCUUACGUGUGGAUUUGUAGAUAAAUCUGUAAGCUUUCACGUUGUAUUUUGGAUUAUACUCUGUUACAUCAUGCCUACCUGCCUGUAAGCCGUCUCUAACGCUGUAUAUCAUGGAUCACUAGUGAUGUGGCUGCAGCCUUCUUUUUUAUUCAACAAACAAUAAAUGGUAACUAAAUAAUACUUGAUUAUUAGGUAUUUUUAAAUGAGAAAUUAUUUGUACAGUCACCACACACCUAUAUACAGAAGAUUAUAAAACAACACCUGCCAAGUCAAAAUACCAGAUUUUCUGAUGUGAACACAUGUAAUCAGAAUAAAUCAUUUCAGAAGUGUUCCUGCUAUUAAUGUGUCAAAUAUAUUAUAAAUAUGGUGUCAAAAUCUGGUCUUUAUCCUAUCCUCAGUGACACGCAAUUUCAAACAAGUGUUUGAAAUUGACAAACUUUUGUAAGUUUUCUUCAAAAUCAUUUUGAGGAAAACUUCCAAAUGCUUUAGCAUAAUAAUAAAAAGGCUGCAAUAACAUUGAAUAAGUGUGCGCGCAUUACUGUAAAUCUAAUACUUUAAUGAAGCGGACCCCAGUAGCUGGGUUGAAUAUGGAAGUAAGUUGACAACUGUUUUUUUUUGUUUGUUUUAUUUUGUUUUGUUUUCAUGUUUGCUGUGGAAAGACAGCAGGAUGACAGAGGUGAUUUUCUGUCACAAUAUUGUUUAUUUAUAUUCAACCCUGAUUUUGUGUAUGUAAAAUUGAUCUGAUAAUAAAGAAAAACAUGACAAAA